AUGGGAGAUUCACCAAAUAUUAAGGCUGGAAAACAAGAUCCAGUUCUUAAGCAGGCAGAGCUAGAUUAUAUAAAAAUAAUUGAACAAAAGAAUCGCGAACGUGUUGAAAAACUACAAAGAAUUACUCGAAGAAAUAGAUUGACGGGUUUGGGUAUUGGUGCCGGAGUGUUUGGUAUUUAUAUGUAUUCCAUCCUCGCGGUGAAGCAGGAAACGUUCCUCGACGACUUCGAAGAACCAGCUAAGGUGCAACAAUAA